AUGUUUGCGGAUAUCGAACAACAGUAUGAUGAGUUAAAGAAACGUCUUAACUCCAAAAUUUGGGCAACGGUACACUACGAAAAAUCUGCUCCCAAGAUCGAGAUUCCUGAAUUUUCUGGCAACUACAGUCAGUGGAUUUCAUUCAAGGACUUAUUUGUGGAGGCCAUCCACAAGAAUCCCAUGAUCAACAGCGCGCAAAAAAUGCAGCAUCUUAAAACCAAGCUGCGAGGGGAAGCAGAGCGACUAGUGCAACAUCUGUCCAUUAGCGCGGACAAUUAUAACUCUUGUUGGGACAUUCUAAAUCAGCGGUAUGAUAAUCGUCGUCUCCAGUUUACAUCCUUCAUGAACAGCAUGCUCAAUCUUCCCACCAUACAGCAUCCAGACUCCGCUAACAUAAAGAAAAUGCAUGACGUCGUUACCGAAUGCUUGAAUGGUAUAUCAAACAUCGGUAUUGAUACGUCAUCAUGGGAUCCAAUUAUUGUACAUAUCAUGUCACAGAAGCUAGACUCAAAGACGCUGAGUGACUACAUGAAGGAACUCCAAGAUCAUAGAGAGCUACAAAGUCUGCAAGAUUUCCUGUACUUUCUUGAGACUCAAUUUAUGGCAUAUGAAACGAUGAAAUCUGCAAAGAAAGGAUGUCAAACAACAACAACUGACAAACCUGCUCAUUGGAAAUUCAACAAACAAAACCCAAUGAAAAAAUUUAGCCUAUACAAUAAAACUAAUAACUAUCAUGCAGGUCACAAAAAAUGCCCACAUUGCAACGAAAGUCACGUUUUAAUGCAGUGUGACAAAUUUCUAGAAAUGGACUUUGGCAAACGAAGCGACACAGUUUCGAAACUACAGCUGUGCAAAAAUUGUUUAUUCAGCCACGGAAACGAUGUGUGCAAAUCUACAAAAACUUGUCGAGAAUGCAAUCUAAAACAUCACACAUUAUUGCACAAUCCAGACAAGAGAAACUCAGCUACAUACAAGAGAAAAAACAAUACUGAACAACCUGCGCCCCCAUCUCAACAGCAAACUUCUAAUCAUAUAACAAGUAAUAUGGAAGUUUUACUUACAACAGUACAAGUCAGAGUAAAAUCUAUUGAUGGAACUUACGUCAUUCUGCGAGCACUGCUAGAUCAAGGGUCGCAAGUAAAUCUCAUCACUGAAAAUGCUGCGCAACUGCUAAGACUUCCCCGUAAAAGGGUCAACGCGUGUGUAACUGGAAUCGGAACGGCCUCUGGAGAAUGCAAGGGACAAGUAAACUUUACCUGCACAUCGAUGCAUUCCGAUUACAACUUUACAACCCACGCACUCAUUAUGAGGAAGCUUACAAACAAUUUACCAACGACAACUUUUGAGAAGGUUGAAUGGCCACAUUUGAAAAGCUUAAAACUUGCAGAUCCAGAGUUUAAUAUCUCUCGCCAAAUUGAUCUCCUCUUAGGAGCUGAAGUAUAUUCGGAAAUCAUUCUGGAUGGUGUCCUGAAAGGUAGUGACCAAUCUCCUGUUGCACAACAAACGCAAAUAGGGUGGAUUUUGUGCGGGAAGAUGAAAACUUUUAACUGCAAUUACAAUAGUCAAAUAAGUAUAGACUAUAAAUUGACACCGGCUCUCUUCGAUACGUCCAUAAACCGGCUAGUUAAUCUGAAGUACCGCUAUGCUCCAAACACGCUUCAGUCUACAGAUCUGGAAAUCACGAAGAUUGAAGACAAAAUCAAACAGCAGAAGGAAAAUGAAGCUCUACCAAGUACGAUUUCAACACACGAUGUCCAUCUAUACGCGAUCAGUUACAUUCUGUUGGCGUCAGCCAUCGUGGCGGUACUUGUGGUGGUUUGGAGGAAGCUUUGCCCCCGCUGUUGUAAGAAAAGGCACAAAACUUCAACUACAGGACAACCGCAGCAGCAUAACGAUAUUGAACUGCAAAUUAUGCGUAAGAGGAAUUACGACGACCAAAAUGAAACAGCAUCGCCAAGCAAGGAAACCGGCGUGGAGGCUCACUCUGAGACACGUCGCCAACAACGCCUGAAAACCGGAACUAAGAAUAUAGCCUUCAGCUUCGACUAA